UCCGAAAUUAAAUUUUUAAUACCACAGCCCAUAUUUCUAUAUAAUUCUAUAAAAUUCCAUAGCGAAUGUCAACAACCAAAAAUACGCUCGUUCAAACACACAAACAAACUUCCCAUAUAACUCCGUUUGACUUCCACUAUAUACUCUCCUAUACUCAUCAAAUAUUACAUAUGCAAUCAAUAGUAAACAAAUAUGCAGCUCUCUUUAAUUACAUACACACUUAAAUAUAUUUACAUAUCACAUACAUAUUUACAUUUCCAAUAUUUCCAACCUGUCACUAGCUUACUUGCCUUUGCCAACUCGCUGCAAUAACAAAAUAGUUACAUUCAUUGCAGGUGCUGCAAAACAAACAAAGUCUAAAAGGAAUCACACAAAAAGAAGAAGCACACAUGCAAAUUAUUCGCAACGCACUUCUACUUCUUAUGCACUCUCCAUUCUCUCCCACUGAACCACAUAAUUGCAGAACCAUUAAUGGUUUGUUGUUGGAAACUGUAGCAAACAUCAAGCAGUGGAGUGAGAGACUGCGUGUUGUUGCGCUAAUACACUAAUUAAGAGAUCAAACGUAUUGAUGAGUGGCUGUGAGAGACAGCGUGAGUAUGUUGGAAUGUUUUACCGUUUUGCUUUCAUACUCAUUGCAAGUAAAGGAAUUUCGUGAACAGUUGCUUCUUCCUUUAAAGUUUAGAAAAAUUGUGACUUUGACUAUAAAUUAUUAAUAAAUAAUUAAUGAAAUGUGUUUAAAAGUGCGUUAUAAUGUUUAGAGAAGUGUUUAAAGUGCAGUGCAAGUGAAAUACGUAUAAAUAGCGUAGUGAAAAGGUGUGUUAAAGUGUUUGAAAGAAGUUGUCUGCGAAAUCUAAUUGGAAUGGAAAUUUUUUGCGCAGUCGGUACGGGUUCGUUCAUGUUGUGUACGUGUAUGCAAAGACAGGACGCAACGGGCAAAUAAGUAGUAAAAUAAAUGUGCUACUUAAAUUUAAAUAUUAUGUGCAGCAUAAAUUUAUUAAUAUUCUUAUUUUUGUAUAUAAUAGAAGUCAAAAGAAAUGUGAAAUGUGCCCUGCAAAUCGAAAAUCAAUCAAAUUCUGUCGUGAAGAGCCACAUGCAUAGUAAUGUAUGGGCAUCGUUGCGUGUACCAUGUAUGGUAUGUAUGUGAGUACGCGUGCGGUUCGGUUCGUGCGUAUAUCGGUAUAAUCUGUGGUAGUGUGCGGAAAUUUGUAGAAACGUGUAAAUAAUUAAAAAAAAGCAAAAUAUAAUAAAAAUUAAUGAGUGGUAAAAGUGUGAAGUGCGGUAAUCGUUGUAUGCGUUCGUCCAUUGAUAUAAACGAUAAGUUCCUUAACGACUAUGCAAUGAAUGGAGCUCCAAUAUUACAAACAAAGGCCUCUUAAUUUUCAUAUGCAGCACUAUGCAAGUUACAGGUGAUAGCUUUGUUGCAACUACUAAUACAAAUACACAAAUAUAUGCAGCAUUUUCGGCAUUCAUAUGUGACGACGACAGCCGACAGCAAGCGAGAAAUGCGCUUGCCAAAUGAGACUGUAGGCGGAAAGAGGGUAGCUGGCACUCCUAACGGCGAAAUUUCUUGAUUCAAAGCUGAAAGAGUAUGUAAUAACAACAAAAAUAAUGCACAUUGCUCAAAAAUAUUGCAUGAAAAAUAAAACUAAACUAAACAGAAGCGAAAUGUGUAGCAAAAAAUGAUAAAGUGCGUGAAAGAAACAAGCGAGUGACACUGUCUAACACAAAUACAGUUACAUAAAAACUUGUAUCGGUAAAUCGUGGUGCUUUGUAAAAGUUAAACUUCAUUUCAGCUGUCUGUGUGUGAUUUCAUGUAAAAGUGCAGAAUUUUUAUCUAUCUCAUGCCACCGCUAUCAUGAGCAGACAUCUCUCUGCAUUGACAUGUUUGACAUAUUGUGCUGUUAUUUUGUAUUUGCUUUGUAUGCUGUUUGACAACAAAAGCAAAGACAACGCCCAAGGACAGCAGUGAUUUUAUGCAGCAUAACACCGUAAGACAAUAUUAAAAAUCAUGGCAAUACAACAGCUUCAGCGACAACAACGACCACAGCAGCGACUGAUAACAAGUGUUGAGAUAAAACUGAAUUUUUGUAGAUAAGAAUUUUUUUAACAAGUUUCUCAUUUGAAGUGGCUCUAAGCGAAACUACCAAAGAAAAAAUAUUUAAACUUAAAGAAGGCACUUCCAAACCUAGACAAAUUGAUUUCCUCGUUAUAGUUGAGGAGCACGUGAGUCAAAAUGUGCUCGACAACACAAUUUUGUUUGCUCAACCUGCGCACAUAUUUAAUUUAUUUAUGCUGCUAUCUGCUUAUAAUGGUGGCGGCCGGUAGCCGCGUGGUUGACGGUUUAAAGUGUUAUUGUAAUCCGAAAGAAUGUGAUGUCAUACGAUCGCUGGAUUGUCCAGGCAAGGGUAUGAUGCUAUGGGACCCAUGCAAAUGUUGUCGCAUUUGCGCCAAAACACUUGGCGAAACUUGUGGUGGUCCGGGUGGUUUUUCCGGUCAGUGUGAACCACCACUACAGUGUGUCACAAGAUUGCCCAUCUCCAGCGGUCUAGGCGUUUGCAUGGAUCUCCCCUCGUCAUCAUCCUCCCUGCAUUCCACAUAUCACAGCAGUAAAUACAAUACGAAUUGUACAAAUGAUGAGACAAUAGUGAUAGAGCCUGGCUGCGAAAUCACCAAUAAACGCUGCCAAUGCUGGCCAACGUUGCGCGUGUGUAGCACAAAUAGUAUCGACGAUACGGAUGCACCGGCGACGACAGAUAUACGAUGGCAUUUCAAGACAUUGGAGGACUGCCAGUUAAAUUUACAAAACCUGAUCAAAAUCGAAAUGGAAUUCGAUGAAGAUUACACAAUUUCGCCGAGCACCACAUUCACAUAUAAAAAAUUGCGAAGGAAGCGCAGAGCGUUAAGGAAACACAGAACGACCAUUAAACACUGAGUAUACAGCGAAUUGGGCAUUAUUCCUGUACAACCACUUAGACACAACCACCAAUAAACCCUAGACAGAACUUGCUAAGAGCAUCCUAUCGAAAAAAGACGCGCAGUUAAUGAACGAAAUAAAGUUAAAUUUAAUGGCAUAGAGUUUAAUAUUAAAAUAACAUAAGUGAUAAGAGAUAUAUACCAUAAAUGAGUAAUUAAGCAUAAAUGUGUGUAAAUGUGGAAGAGAAGAGCAAAGCUAUACUAAAACUGAUGAAAAAUUUGUAAAAAGUAAUUGCUGUAAAGGUAUUAAAAUAAAAUAAAAAAUUGGGUAGUUAGGUGAAGCAAUGGCGCUAAAUGAAAUAUAAAGCUAUAUUUGGAUUAAGAAAUAGAUUUUGAGAGAAAUUAAAUCUUUUUUUGA